CAAGGAUACAGCAACAGUAGGCUGUCAACCGUAUUAAGAGAUAUCAUUUACACUCCUGUUUAUUACAAUGGACUGCGCUUUUGAGCACAUGGAUGCUGUUGGUUUUCUGGAGAUUUGGCAACACUUUGAUGCAGACGAUAAUGGUUACAUUGAGGGGAAGGAGUUGGAUCACUUCUUCCGUCACAUGAUGACGAAAUUAGGUCCGGAGGAUAAAGUAACAGAGGAGAGGGUCCAGAGGCUGAAGCAGAGGUUCAUGUCAGCCUAUGAUGUCACCGCAGACGGACGCCUGCAGAUCCAGGAGUUGGCCAUGAUGAUCCUGCCACAGGAUGAGAACUUCCUCCUGGUGUUCCGCAGGGAAGCCCCUCUGGACAACAGUGUAGACUUUAUGAAGAUCUGGAGAAAGUAUGAUGCUGACAGCAGUGGAUUCAUAUCAGCUGUGGAGCUGAAGGGUUUCCUGAAGGACUUGUUCCAGCAGCACGGGAAGGCUGUGUCCUCCAGCAAACUGGAUGAGUACACAGACGCAAUGAUGAACAUUUUUGACAAAAAUAAGGAUGGUCGCUUGGAUCUGAACGAUUUGGCCAGGAUCCUGGCUCUAGAAGAGAAUUUCAUGCUACAGUUCAAAAUGGAUGCCUCCAGUCAAGAAGACAGAAAGAGAGACUUUGACAAAAUAUUCAACCACUAUGAUGUUAGUAACACCGGAGCUUUGGAAGGACCAGAGGUGGAUGGCUUUGUAAAAGACAUGAUGGAACUGGUCAGGCCCAGCAUCACUGGUCCAGAGCUGGACAAACUGAGGGCUGUGCUGCUGGGACACUGUGACGUCAACAAAGAUGGAAAGAUCCAGAGGAAUGAGCUGGCGCUGUGCCUGGGAAUGAAGCCCAAAAAGGCCUAGUCUUCCCCGUACAGAGAAGCCCUCUACUACUGACCCCUCCCUUCACUCUGAGACAUCCAGAACACCCAGAACUUUAUGUCCAAUCUUCAAAAACAAAGAUGACAAAGACAACAGCUGCCAGUGUUUUAGCAUGUUGUGGAACAAGCACUGUUCUGAAUGAUAUCAAUUGUGUUUUCUUGUGAUUAAAAUUAAUACAGAAUAA